AAAUCUCCUGGUUUUCAUCCUCAGGUUCUUCCGGGGCGACUACACGGUGGAGGUGGCCAUCAACGACUACCUGGACAUCUACUGUCCUCACUACGAGGGGGCGGAGCUAGCGGAGCGCAUGGAGCACUACGUGCUGUACAUGGUGAACUACGACGGCUACAUGACCUGCAACCACUACAGGAACGGCUUCAAGCGCUGGGAGUGCAACCGGCCGCAGAGUCCCAGCGGACCCCUCAAGUUCUCCGAGAAGUUCCAGCUCUUCACGCCCUUCAGCCUGGGCUUCGAGUUCAGGCCGGGACACGAGUACUACUACAUCUCCCUGCCGACAGAUGAAGGCCCUCCUCUGCCAUGUAUGAAGCUGCGUGUCACAGUGUGCUGCGAGCUCACAUCAGAGGGUUCACAACAAAAACAAGAAACGAAGCAUCUAAAGAGCAUUUCCUCACCGAGGACGCCGUCUCUUCCACUCGUCCUCGUCCUCUGGCUGAUCACCUGAUUGGUCCGUCCUGUCACUGACCUGUGGUGACAUCAUCACAUGUUCACCUAAACAACCUGUGCUCGGAGAAAUAAACACAAUCCAUGCCACAUUUAAGCUUUUACAAAUCACUGCCUUGUUGUUGUUGUUGUUGUUGUUGUUGUUGUUGUUGUUGUUGUUGUUGUUGUUUACCAGCGUUAAAAACACUUCUUGUCCAGAGCUCAGGGACAGACACCGAGUCAUCACGAUGCAGAACUCGUUUUCUGCUCCAGCUGCUAAAACAACAACUGGGAUCUGAUAAAGAACUGUUGGGAGUUUCUACAUUUGUUUCAAUUUUUAAAGUUUUUUUUUUACAUUUUGUUUACUUAUUUUAAAUGUUUGUUUGUUUUUUUAAACCUGCCUCCAGUAAAGGAAAAGUGGCCAAAUUAAACCCAGAGGAGUGUGAGGAGCGGCUCAGGUUAGACGUUUUAUUAUUUUAUUUUCAGAUCAGUUGUUGAACAGAUUAAUCUUUAACCACCUGUCAGCAUCAGUUAAAUGACAUUUGUAAAGUGAUAAAAGGAGGAAUAUUGAGAAGAAACUGUGGUAAAAGGAGGAGACUGGGUUGCUGCGCCCCCUGCUGGGAUUAAACUGGUUGUACUGGAGUUAGACUGGUUUGGCCCAGAAGCUGGAAACGACGGGUCGGCCCGUUGUUCUGCCUCCUGCUUCAGAACAAAUCUGUGGGAUUGUGGGUAAACAGAGCAGCAGCUUCACUGCAGAGGUGACAGAUGUGCACACAGGCUUUGUUUUUGUUUUUGUUUUUUACCUAUUUUUGUUUGUUUUAUUGUACAUGUGGCAAACUUGAGAUGUAAAACUGUAUAAUUCAAUCCAAACACUGUAGCAACAAUGAGUCUGUGUUCCUAAUUAGCAAAAAUAACCAGAAAAGGUCUGGUUAGGUGUAAGCAGGAAGUCAUUUAUUUUCAGG